AUGAGUCAGACUGUACGAAAGAAGAAUAAAAACAUGAAAGAUCCUGAAGAGGGGGAUAAUGUAGAAAAAUACAGUGAUAACAACGAAAAACUGUCGGACGGAAAAGAACGAUGGUCUUGCCCAGCCUGUUGUAAACAGGGACGAGUUACCCGAAGCGGAUCCACCUCUUCCACAUGCGGUGCUCGUUCAGAAACCACUGCCCCUUUACAACCAGAUCAGUCUACCCCUACCGACACUCUCACCUUUAUACUUAACCAAUUAUCAACUAUGGCCAGUGACAUAAAGGAUAUCAAGAACUCUCAAUCUCAACUCAGAACUGAUGUUGUUAAUAGCGGCCUGCGAAACCAACAUACAAAAUAUCCAGGUUACUCAAACAGAGCUGUCUUCUAA